AUGAAUGAUUGCAAGCCUGUUUCAACUCCUUUAUGUCCUAAUACCAAGCUCUCUCUUGAGUGUACUACAGAAUCUAUUCCUUCUACACUUUAUAGGUCUAUCAUUGGAAGUCUCUUGUACCUCACAGCUUCCAGACCAGAUAUUAUGUACUCUGUGGGACUGGUAGCAAGAUUUCAGUGCAAUCCUAGACUCUCUCAUCUCCAGGCUGCUAAAAGGAUUCUUAGAUAUAUCAAAGGAACUAUCUCCUAUGGUUUGCACUACAUUGUUUCCCCUAUACUAUCUAUAACAGCCUUUUUAGAUGCUAAUUGGGGUGGCUCCUUACCUGACAAAAAAAAAGCUGAGUAUAUUGUUGCUUCUCAGGAUGUUUCCCAACUUCUUUGGAUGAAUACUACUCUUGCAGAUCUUGGCCUUCACUUCUCAGGUCCUUCUCACCUUUUGUCCUUCAAUGUUAAAAAGGGGGAGAAUAGACUGAAAUAA